UGCUGUUAUUUCUGGCCGCCAAAAUCUUGAUCUUCAGGAGCCCUUGAUCAGAGGUCAUUGACCUUGCCGUUUUGCGUCAGUCUGUAUCAAGAUGGCAGCGCCCAUGCUGAGAUGUUUGCUGUACACCAGACUCUGUCCCUGUGGCUCUAGAGACCCUGUGCUGCUCUCAUCUGUAGUGCACCAAGUCCGACACAACUCCAACAGGACAACCAUCGCCAGACUGAACCGUACCAAGUAUGCCAGAACGUACAACGCGCGAGUCGUGCAGCCAGAUGGAUCCACCAUCACUGUUCCGUACAAAGAACCCAUAGGUGUGAUAAAGAUGCCGCUGGACAUUGACAGUUUGUCGGACCAGGAGAGACGACUUCGGAUGGCCAAACGGAUGCCCAAACAGGUGCAGCGGGUGGAAGAGGAAUUUGAGGACGACUUUGAUGCCAAAAGAUACAGCCACUUGUUCAAGAAAAAAUAAUACUGGACUGAAAAUAUUUCCGAUGACAUUGUUUUAGAAAACCCAAGUGUAGGUAGUGUUGAAAACCAACAUUAGAGUGACCAUACAAAGUUUACUUUUGAUCGAAAAAUCAAAAAGAUUGACUGUUCAAUGUGUAAGAUGUGGUCUGAUUUCUAAGUAUGUUUGCUAAUAAAUCCUUUAAAAAGUA